UUUCCAUCGUUUUUCAGUUUUUAGAUGAAAAAGACCUGUCAGUCAGCGUGUGUGGAAAUAUGGGAGGUGGAAAUGACUUCAGUUAGUUGCAUCAUGUAACUUUUUCAAGAAGGUCAUAUUCAUUUGUAGCAAUACGACACUAAGGAUUUUAUUCUGCCCAGAAGAGUAAGACGUAUUUGGUCUGAAGUGACUCUGGUUUGCAGUCAUCAUGUUAGGACUCUCAGUGAUGAGGAGACUUCUGAUCUCUGGAGGGAUGAAGGGGCUCCGUCUCCAGCAGCUGCUCUCUGAAGAGACCCUCAGACACCUGCAGACCUCGCCUCACAACACCAGACACAUCUCGACGGUGUCACUGUGGCCGUUCUCAUCUCAGCCACGAGACUUCAGCCAGCCCAACUCCUCAUGGAGUCCAGAGAUGCACAAGGUUUAUGACCACUAUAAUGCUCUGUGUGACACUGACAUUGAAAAUGGUGAGGAAAAAAGGGGGUCGUGGAGGAAGUUGCCCAGCUACAACCGUUCCAUUAAAUAUGCUACUGGCGGCAUUCACCUCAGCAAACUGAUCCAGGCCAAAGCUCGACUUUUCACGAGAAAUAUUAAAGAGCAAGGCGCCACAUUUGAGUAUGUGGUGUUUGUCAAUAAGGAGGAGAAGAGAUGUGUUUGUGUCUUUCAGGCAGGAUGUUUACUAGAAGGUGCACCUGGGCAUGUACAUGGUGGAGCCAUAGCCACCAUGAUUGACACAGUGACUGGUACUCUUGCCGGUUUCCUCUCAGGACCAGUUAUGACUGCCAGUCUCAACAUAGACUACCGCAGUCCAAUGCCUCUGGGUAGUGUGGUUUUAAUCCACAGUUCUCUGGAUCGAAUAGAGAGGAGGAAAACACACAUCACUUGCAAAGUGACCAGCACUGAUGAGUCCAAACUCUACACGGAAGCCACAGCUCUAUUUGUUUCAAUAAGUGUCGGCCAUUUAUUUGGAUCACGAAACUGAAAGCUGUGUUGAAUCCACCACUGAGAUAUGUACAUCAUCUGUAUGAACAUGAAGGAGAUUGGAGAUGGAGUGUGUGCCCAAUGAACAACAGAUCAUGCUCUCAUGUAUUUGAGUGAUGCAUUUAGUUACAUAUGGCUGCCUCGUAUUUUUAUUUUUAAAAUGAAAAUGUAUUACCCUGGUUUAUUUAAUGAUACGGUAUUGAUCAUGAUGACAGUCUAUUACAAGUAUUGUAUAACAAUUUUUCUGUAAUGUAUUUUAGCAGUACUGUAUUCCAUAUUUUGUUAAAGAGAAUCUCACUUUUGUUACAAAUGAAAAGUUGGGCAUUUAAUGUAUCUUAUUGUUAUUUCUAGGGAUUCGUAUUUAUAACUGCCUUCAAUAAUGCCAUUAAAGUCAGUAAUCAGAAA